UUAAACCCUCACCGCCGCCAGACUUCCCACAAUUCUUCAUCUUUCUCUUCUUCUCUGAUCAAAACGUCGAUAGCCGCGCGAUAUAAUGAAAAUUGUGUUUGUCAAUUGAUUUGGGAAUAAGAUGAGAUUAGAAAAGUGCUGGUUUUGUUCCUCCACCAUAUAUCCAGGGCACGGCAUUGAAUUUGUUCGCAAUGAUGCCAACAUUUUCCGAUUCUGUAGAUCCAAAUGCCACAAGAACUUCAAGAUGAAGAGGAAUCCUCGUAAAGUAAAAUGGACCAAAGCCUAUAGGCGUUUACUUGGAAAGGACAUGACACAGGAUUCAACAUUUGAGUUUGAAAGAAAGCGUAAUAGGCCAGAGAGAUAUGAUAGGAACAUUGCAGAGAAUACUCUUAAGGCAAUUAAAAAGAUUGAUAAAAUCAGAUCAGACAGGGCAUCCGACCACAUCAAAAACAGACUUAAGACAGGCAAAAUCCAAAGGCAGAAAGAAGCAAGAAAGCAGUUGGAGCAGGACAUCCACUUGGUGAAAGCUCCGCUUGCUCUUGCACAAGACUCAUCACUUUACCUUCCAAAAAUUAAAGUCAAUGUCUCCCAAACUCGGACAGAAGAGAAUCAGCCCAUGGAAGGGUGAAUUUGGUUGUGUGCAACUCCUCACUUUAGUAUCAAGAAUUUUGUGUUGCGUGGAUGCAAAUGGUUAUCCAGAAUUUUGAAAAGCAUAUUUAAAUAUUAUUACUCUCUCUCUCUCUCUCUCUCUCUCCUUGUUUCUAAUUUUAAAAUCUCAUUAACAAAAAAUUGUUAUGUUUGUUUUUCUAUUUUAAAUGUGGUUUUGCAUGCUUCCACCAAAACAUUGACCUUUGUAGUAAGACGUGGAUAUCUGGACUCCUGUCUUUCUCGUAUAUAAGCGUUUGUCUGAGGUGUGGACUUUGGAGUUGGGAUUGGUGGACUGGGGUUUUCAUUUUUGUAUUCCCAUUUUCCCCUCUGCAUUGAUGCCGGCCUUUGAAAUUAGAAACCAUCGGUUUGGGUCACAAAUUAACGUUUACUGUUGGAAAGGUGCAUUACUUGACCUCCAAGGCCCAUUCUACGAGAGGGAGAACCUUCUGACAGGACAGCCAAGCCUCAAGUGACAUGUAUUGUAUUCUCAAGUCAGGAUUAAGGAAGGUAUCCGAAUCCGUCGGGUUUUAAUUUGAUUCGA